AUGUCACAAACCACCCAAGACCGAAUCCUCGUCCUCGGCGCCGGCGAGCUGGGCGACGCCAUCCUGGACGCGCUCACCAGCUCCCCGCUCUACUCGCCCUUGCGACACCCCAUUUCCCUCCUCGUCCGCCCCGAAACCAUCACCAACACCGACGCAGCCAAGCAUGCACGGGUCAGGGCGUACGAAGCGAAAAACAUCAAGUUGGUGGGCGGCGACCUGUUCGGCGCCUCCGAAACGGACCUGGCCGGCACCCUGUCGCGCUACACGACAGUAAUCCACGCCAACGGCAUGACGGCGCCGCCGGGCACGCAGCUCAAGAUCUGCAGGGCGGCAUUGGCCGCGCAGGUGGCGCGUUACGUGCCCUGGCAGUUCGGCGUAGACUACGACGUACUGGGUCCGCUGGCAGGCGGGGGUCUGUUCGCCGAGGCGUGCAAGGUUAGGAGCGUGCUCAGGGCGCAGGACGCGGUGCGGUGGACCGUCGUCAGCUGCGGCAUCUUCACCAGCUUCUUGUUUGAGGAGAGCUGGGGCGUCGUGGUGCCUCAGGGGGGAGGGGUUGUCAAGGUCACGGCGCUGGGGGGUUGGGAGGACGGCAUAACGGCCACGACGACGGAGGACAUUGCGCGCGUCACGGCCAGGUUGGUGCUGAAUGCAGAGGAGGACGGUGUGUGGAGUGGUGGUGGGGGCGCCGGGCCGCCAGUCUACAUCGCGGGGGACACGCUGACGUAUGCAGACCUGGCCGACGUGGUGGGGAGGGUGACGGGGAAGGAGGUGGUGAGGGAGUGUGUGGGCCGGGAUGAUCUGAGAAAGACGCUUGAGCAGGACCCUGACAACAAGCUCUUCAAAUACCGAGUUGUGUUUGGUGGAGGCUCUGGGGUGAGCUGGCCUAAAGAGGGCACGUGGAAUGAUUCCCAGGGGUUGGAAAUGGAGACCAUCGAGGGUUGGCUGCGGAGAAGCAAGCAAUGACGGUGUUUGUGUCUUUCUGAUCGGGAAAUUGGGGGAAAAUAUUUGGUUGACCAAAUCUGCAAUGUAACCUUGUUCCUAGCCCUACAAGCUCAAACUUAGCUACCUU